GAAGUUUAUAAACAUUAGCUAAACUAGGUUUACUACGCCCUUUGUGUUGAGUGCCCUAGGUGAAAUUUGCCAAUUUAAACGGUAUCGUUUCUCUUCUUUUCUCCAAUUGUACAACGAAUUUUCGGAUCUCUUCAAAUUGCAACAGGUUCGGCAAUUCCAUGGCGAAUCGUAAACGAGAAGAUGACGUCAGCCUCAUCUUCACUUAUGGCACGUUGAAGCGCGGCUUCCACAACCACGCGUUGAUCGAGGAUUUGAUGCGCACGUGCGACGCUGUUUAUUUGGGCAAUUACUCCACUGUGGAGUCCUUUCCGCUCGUCGUUGGGCCACACGGGAUCCCCUACUUGAUCAACCUUCCCGGGUCUGGCCACCGGGUUCGGGGCGAGCUAUACUCUGUGUCGUCGAAUCGGGGCCUGGCUCGGCUGGACGAGCUGGAGAGAGUUGAUGAUGGACAUUACGAGAGGCUGCCUGUGGAGGUGACGGCCGGGGACGGAAGAGAUAAGGUGGUGGCGGUGGAAGUGGAUGCAUACUUUGCGCAUCGGAGAUUUGGGAAGAACAAAGGAAGCAAAGAAGAGGUCAGUUUUCAGUAGCUGAAGGAGACUAGGUUUCAAGUCUUAUUCGACUCCUUUCCAAUUUGGCUUGAUACCUUGAUCGGUCGCCAAAUGGAUGCUCGUCUCUCCUGGUAAUCUUUCUUAACCUAUGAUGUUCUAUCAGAGAAAAGUAUGUAAAAAUCAGUUACUAUAAAGCUAUCUGUAAGUUAAUAUCAUCAGUUCAAUUCACGUAAUCUACUUUAACACUUAAUGCUAUCAGUUGUUCCUUG